AAAGCAGCACGCUCAACGCAACUCACACUCACACUCACUUUCUGUGUCUCUUUCCUUUGGAAGAAGAAGAAGAAGAAGAACCGAAGACACUGGUUUUGUCUCCUCAGACUCUGAAAGCUUCAACUUUUGAGAGAUUCUCAGUCACCAUGAACCUGAACAUCUUCAAGAAGAAGACCUCCCCUAAAGAGGCUCUGAGGUCCAGCAAAAGAGACAUGGCUGUUGCUACCAGAGGCAUUGAACGCGAGAUUUCGUCUCUUCAGUUGGAGGAAAAGAAACUGGUGGCAGAGAUCAAGAAAACAGCUAAAACUGGAAAUGAGGCUGCCACAAAAAUCCUGGCUCGCCAACUUGUUAGGCUACGUCAACAGAUUACCAACUUGCAAGGAAGCCGUGCCCAAAUAAGAGGCGUAGCUACUCAUACACAGGCAUUAUAUGCAAGCACUUCAAUUUCCACAGGCAUGAAAGGUGCAACUAAAGCAAUGGUGGCAAUGAACAAGGAAAUGCAACCUGCAAAACAAAUUAAAGUGAUCAGAGAAUUCCAGAAGCAGUCAGCACAAAUGGACAUGACGAUUGAAAUGAUGUCAGAGUCCAUUGAUGAGACCUUAGACAAAGAUGAGGCUGAAGAGGAAACAGAGGAGCUCACUAACCAGGUUCUCGAUGAGAUUGGUGUUGAUAUUGCAUCCCAGUUAUCUUCAGCUCCAAAAGGCAAGAUUGGAUCAAGAAAUGGUGAAAAUGUUGCACCAAGGAACGCUGCAAAUGUUGUUCCCAAGAGUUCUGAAUCUCCUGAUGUUGAGGAUCUUGAGAAGAGAUUGGCCUCUCUGCGACGCAUAUGAUCAAUCCUAUCAUGCAUGUGGCACAUCCUAGUACGCUGUUCAUGUAAAUUUGUCAAAUCAAAGCAAAUAACAUAAAGAAGAGUAUUGUAAUAGUAGGGUUCAUAUAUCUGUUUCUAGUACUUGAAGAGUCUGCCUUUUAGUAACCCAGUUAGUAGAGCUUGUGGACGUAAUGCUUUUUUCUUAAUAUUACUAAUUAGUUGAAAUAUAAUCCUAGUAACAAAGUUGGUUGUUAUUUGAGAACAUGCGCCUCCUACCUUU